AUGUCAAAUGUGGCAUCGGCAGCCAGCCUCACAGCAAGCUAUCGAAACUCUUCAACAGCAGCAGCGCCAGCAACGCCGCAAAUCACGCCAAGUCCUACGAAUGUUCUUAGCAAUGGCACCUGUAGCGCCGAGUGCUUGCUCUUGAUACCGUUUUGUGAAGACUGGUACUGGAGCAAGCUGUACGUCUCAACGACGUUGACGGCAGCAACCAAGUAUAUCGUCAUCAACAGAAAGACGAACACGACUUCGACAAAGAUCGUGUAUGCAGAUCUCCCGGACGGUUACACAUUGCCGCCGACGAAUGCCGAGGGUACGCAGGCAACAGUCACGACGUUUGGAGACCUGUCGACGACGAUCGCAUAUCCCACGCCGUACCUGAGCUGGGACUCUGGAUACUCCUGGUCCGGAACACUGCCUACUGUGGACGGGAGUAGCUCGUCUAUCUGUUCAACGGUGACGGGUAGUGUUUCAACAACCAAAACAUACACAGGUAGCUCGCAAACCCAAAUAAGAACGCACUAUUCGACCGAAACCUACAGCAACGGGUCAAUCGAUGUUUCUACCAGGUACGACUGGCAGUGGGUUCCGACGACAACAUAUGUCAGCUCCUUCGAGACGGGGUCAUAUGCCACGGUCCUGUACGGCGACACGUUCCAGCGCACCGUGCCACCGGUCGACUCUGCUGAUCCUUACGGCUUCCUAUAUACCUUGGUCGCAAACUACACUCUCCUCUGGCCCAAGUCGAUCGAGACAGAUGCGGCGUACCUCUCGUGCAGCACGCCGAAUUACCCUGCCCCUGCCGAGGCUCUGCAGACUGCGUCGUUCAUCACCGAGACCUCAACCUCAUUCGAAGACGGCGACGACGAGCCGACAACCGCAGCACCGCCACCAACCAGCUCCCCGGAUGAACCAGAGACCUCCCCAACACAGCCACCGGCGGAAACCAGCCCCACGGAAGGCACGAAGCAGCUGUCCCCCGCACCAACAGCCCAGCCUCCCCCCGCCGAAACCGCUGCUCCAAUUACCCAAAACCCAGAGACGACGAACGACAACGACGAUGACAACAACCCCCCUCCCCAGACCAUCGGCACCGUCCAACCCCCCGCCGAACAAAACUCGCCCACAACCGGCGCCGGACCUGCAGUGUCCGCAGUACAACCACCCGCCAGCAACCCCGUCGUCCCCCCGCCCUCAACCUUCCAAACCGUCGACAUCCCCACCACCGCCCCCGACGGCUCGCCCACCACCGCUCCGGGAAUCAUCAUCGGCGACCAGACGCAACCCAUCAUCUCGACCGUCAUCCCCGCCCCCUCGUCUCAGGCCGCUCCGCCACCACCAGGCGAGACGACCGCCGCUGCGGCACCGCCAGCAUCCUCGAUCCCCGCCAUCGUCGUCGGUUCGCAGACCAUCACGGCGGGUCAGACCGCGACGAUCGGCACCGUGCCCGUCGUCGUGCCUGUGCCCACGUCGACCGCUGGGCAGGAAGGAAGCCCAGAUGCACCAGCGACCUUGUCUGUCGUGCCUGUCGACCAGCAGCCGCCUGCCUCCGCCCCUCCUGCCGCCGUGACGCUUCCCAACGGCGCCACUGCCAUCGUAAACUCCGGAACGCAGGUGGUGGUCGGCGGCAGUCAGACGCUGCAGCCAGGCGCGAACACCAUCCCCGGCUCCGGCAGCGGCGGAGGCAGCAGCGCAGCAACCGUCAUCCUAACCACCGACGCCGCAGGCAACAGCGUCAUCGUCGCGGACGGCAGCACAGCCGCUCUUCCCACCGCCGCCGCUGCACCACCGGCCACUGCGGGCGGCGCCAUCGUCACGCUGCCAGGCGGCCAAACCGCCUCCGUCGACAGCGCGUCUCAGGUCGUCGUCGUCGGCGGGCAGACCCUCCAACCAGGAAUCAACACCAUCGCAGGCGACAGCACGGUCGUCCUAACCACCAACGCCGCCGGCGCCACCGUCAUCGUGGCCGACGGCAGUACGGCUGCUCUACCGACUGCCGGCCCUGCGGUGACGGCCGCGGGCGUGGGCGGAGCGGGAGGAAUCGUCACGCUGCCGGGCGGCCAGACGGCGUCGGUGAACGGCGCGUCGGAAAUCGUCGUCGUUGGCGGGGACGGGGUGACGACGACGCUGAGCGCGGGGGCGAACACGCUCCCCGGUAGCGCGGGGGAGGUAGUGACGCUGACGACGGAUGAGGCGGGGAACACGGUGCUCGUUGACGCUGGGGGAAGCGCGGUGACGGUGCCUGCUGGUGGUACGAAUGCGGGACCAGUGACGGCGGUUGCGACGUUGCCGGGUGGGCAGGAGGUCGUCGUCGUUGGCGGCGGUGCGGCGUCGGGCGAGGGGUACGUGGUUGAUGGGACGACGUUGACGGCUGGCACUAACGUGGUGGAUGGCUCGACGGUCGUGCUGACGACGGAUGCUGAUGGGCAGACGGUCGUCGUUGAAGGGAGUCGGACUGUGGCUCUGACGGGGACGGGAGAAGCGACGGGCGCCGCGUCGACGGGGUUGGGUGGGAUGAUUUUGAGUGGGUUGGGGGCGUCGGGAUCUGGAAAGAGCAGCACAAAGUCGGCGUCGGCGUCGGCGAGUGGUAGCAGCAGCAGCAGCAGUAGGAGCAGGAGCAGCAGCACCGAUGCCACGGCAACGUCGUCGGACGGCGCUGCUGCUUCGGCUUCUGAGUCGGCUGGUGCCGCCGCCGCCGGAGCUUUUGGAAAGGUCGGAGGAGGUGGCUGGGGCGUGCUCGUGCAGGGGGUGGGGCUCGUAAUGUGUUUGGUGUUCGGCGUGGUUCUGCUUUGA